AUGACUUGGAACGCUGAAAUUGACGAGUCUUUAUCAAGUAUAGAAUUAAAUCAUCACCAACUUUUUGAUUUAUUGCCGAAUGAAGUAAUUGUAAACACAUUUACCUUUAUAGACGCAGACACGCUUUUCGAUUGCAGACUUGUGUGUAAACGAUGGAAAGAACUAAUAGAUGAAUAUGCAUUUCAAGAAAAAGCUGCUCGAGAAAACGAGUUUAUGAAUGAUGGCCGAGGGUACUACAGUUUCUCACAAAUCAAUUCAAAUGACAUUAGAAAACUGGAUUUACCGUGGUACGUUUUUUAUGUGAUAAUCAAAUAUGAUCCAUUCAACAGAAAUUUGGUGAAAAACCACUGUGGGCAGGGCGGAUUAAACCAUUGGGGAAAUAUUACUAAUACGUUAUGGUCUAUGCCUGGUGAUUUUGAUAUGUUUAACUUUGUUGACAUGUCGUGUAUUCAACAAAUACCACAGGAUAAUCGUUAUGUUUUAUCCGAUCCAGAUUUUGAUGGAUAUACAAGUUGUUUUGUUAUUGAUUUUCAGUAUUUACGGACAAUAGAUCAACAAAUUAUAUUUAAAGAUUAUGGUUUAAAUGAAAUCGUGAUGAAAACUCUUCGACCUAAAAUUUCAUUUAGUGCAUGGUAUUAUAGAGAUAAUAGUCAACAUAUCAGUUAUACGUUACGCGCAACUGUUCACAGUAGAACAAAUGAAAUCAUAGGUCUAUGUGAUAAUGUCGAUACUGGUCUACAAAGGGAAUUUGGAUGGAAUAAAGUUUCAAAUUCGUUUGAAAUUCAAGGAGAUGAAACUUCCUUAAUUCUACACCAUUCCAUAAUGGACUCAAGGUUUUCAUGUUCGAUGACCAAUUUUAAAAUGUCGUGCUCUGUAGUUAAAAUUCCGCUACCAAUAAAAUAUAAAAAUGUUAAUUCUUACAUGUAUAUCUAAAUAUAUUCUAAUGUUUUACAUUUUAAGUUACUUAAAA